UUAAUCCGAUUAACAAUGCAAAUCAAUUAUCUCCUUUUACCUUACAGUUUGAUGUUAAUUGUGAGUCUUAAUUACGUCAACUCAUCGGUUAACAGUAAUAUGAUUCCAGGAUUAGCUAAACGUGGUAGGAAAUCAAUUGCUGCUGAUUGUUUGUCUCCUCUUGUUGGACAAUUUAAUUGUAGUGAACCGAUAAUUGAUUCAACUACCCAACAACCUGUUAAUUGUGAUAAAACUAAUAAAGCUAAAAUAAAUUGCUCUCUUGGUGAGGGUUUUUAUUGUAAAGGUUAUCCAGAUAAAAAUGUAACCACUUUCUCAAUGGAAAUUGAUUGUCUCUAUACAAAUGGUUAUCAUUUUGAAACUGCUUUGUUAUUAUCAAUUUUUUUAGGUAUGUUUGGAGCUGAUCGUUUUUACCUUGGUUAUCCAGCGAUUGGUCUACUUAAAUUGUGUACAUUUGGAUGUUUUUUUAUUCUGCAAUUUAUUGAUAUCAUUUUAAUUGCUUUACAAGUACUUAAACCAGUUGACAACUCUAAUUAUAUAAUCAAAUAUUAUGGACCUCGAUUGAAUAUUGUUCAUAUGGAUAAUGGUAGUUGGCCUUUGAAUAGAAGUGAACUUUGAAUUCUAUGAUAAUGGUUUAAUUAAGUCAAUUAUUCGAAAUUCAGAAUGUGGACUGAUUGUUCAAUGAUUUCGAAAUUUCUUCCAAACAUCCAAUUAUCUCUAUUUCUCUCUCAGAAGAGACUAAAAUUUGAAUUGACCGAAAAAUGGAUUCACCUUUUAAUCAAUGAAAAUGUUUCUAUAUUUUCACCAUGUAAAUUGUUUGUUAAUUAUCUCACACAAAUCAAUUUGUAACUGAAAGCGAAAUGGUUCUGGUUAAUCAAUCUGUUCUUCAAUCACUGCCAUAAGGAAUUGACUUGUUUCCCAAUAACAAUUAACCAAAAAAAACGAAAAUGACACCAAAUUAAUCAGAUGACUAACUGUUGGUUACUAAUUGUUGAAAAGUUUCAAUAACUAAAUGAUGACGAUGAUCAUCAUGGACAAUCCUCUUCAUGGAAACAGACAUCUCGUUAUGGCGUUAGCAACAGUAUAUAUCAAGAAAAACUGGUGAUGAUUAAAUUGAUUGUGCAAUUUAACCGAUUAAUUUUCAAUCUUUCUCUCCAACUCUGCUCAUCAACAACAGACUAUAAUCAUCAUGCUGAUUCUUACCAUCAUUUGCCUAAGGCUUUCUGGGCUUUCCUGUUUUCCCCUCAUCAUAAUCAUCAUCAACAACAACAAUUCUGAGCUGUCAAUCAUUUUAAUUUUUUCCAUUUCAAGGAUAAAUAUUUUUACGAAAUCCUGAUUAACCGAAAGAAAUGAAUGUACAAAACUUGACCCACUCGAGAACGAAAAAGAAAUGACCAGUAGUCCAAUUGAAGACCAAUUUCGACCUAUCAACUGCUUUUGACUUGGAAAAAGUAUCCAAACGGAAAAGGAAACCAUCCAUAGACACACACACACCGAUUGAAAGGAGAAGAGAAAGAAAAAAUUAAAAAAAAAGAUAAAUCGGAUUCUAAUGAUUAGAAGUCUAAAUUUACCUGGAGGAUCUUAUUGUAAGCUGAUAAACGUGUUUUUACCUGAAUUAAAAAGGAAAAAGAAAAGAGAACGAAAAGGAGAAAGAGAAAUAGAAAGAGAGAUUAGGUCGAUUUGAUCAUCAUCAUCGGGAGAGAAGAAAAUUUUCUUCUUCGCCCAAGGCUAGUUAUCUUCUUUUUCUGAGGUUUCCCUCAUUUAUCAUUUUCCAGUUUCGAUUUUUAAAUACAACAGGUAGAAUUACAAUCUAUUCCUAAUCAACGUCACAAUUGAAAAUUUCCAUUCUAAUUGUAAUCCCAAUUACACUUUUUCUGUCACAAUUUGAACUCAAACUCGACAAACUGUAAACUCCCUUAAUUGUUUCACGUUCUUAAUUUGUUAUUAUUAUAUUGCUCAUGUGAAAUUGAAUCAACUAAUCAACUGAUUAAUUGUUCAUCCUUGAUUGUUUACUUGA